AUGUCUGCUUCGGAUGGGAGCCGCUCUUUGAACGGGUUCGUUUUAUCUCUGCUGAUCUUGCUGGGGAUUUUAGAGGGAGCUUGCGGACAGAUUCGGUACUCCAUUCCCGAGGAGCUGAAGCACGGCGCUUUCGUUGGGAAUAUAGCCGACGAUCUGGGACUCAACGUGGCCGAACUGUCCGCCCGCAGGUUCAGGAUGGUUUCCAGUACCAGAAAGCAAUAUUUGGAGGUGAAUUUGGAGAAUGGGAUUCUUUUCGUGAACGAGAAAAUGGACCGGGAACAACUCUGCGGUAUUAGUCCCACCUGUUUCCUCAACCUUGAAGUUGUGAUCGAAAACCCCUUGGAACUGUACCAGGCUGAAAUCGAGAUUAUGGAUGUUAACGAUAAUGCCCCCAGUUUCCCGCGAAACCACGUUAGGCUGGAGAUCACCGAGUCGGCGGCUCCGGGAGCUCGGUUUCCCUUGGAAAGUGCGCAGGAUCCGGACGUUAGCACCAAUUCUCUCCGCACCUACCGUCUGUCGCCGAACGAGCACUUUCUCCUGGACGUUCAGACUCGCAGCGAGCGCAGCAAGUUGGCCGAACUCAUCCUGGAGAAACCGCUGGACCGCGAGCAGCUGGCGCUUCAUCGGCUGGUGCUGACCGCCGUAGACGGAGGGACACCCGAGAAAUCCGGUACCGUUCGCAUUACAGUAGCCGUGCUAGACGCCAAUGACAACGUGCCUGUCUUUGACCAGACCGUGUUCACGGUGAGGAUGAGGGAGAACGCUCCUACUGGGACUCUGGUCAUCCAACUGAACGCCACCGACUUGGACGAAGGUACCAACGGCCGCGUCGUUUACUCGUUCAGCAACCAUGCUGACGAGAGGGUGCGGGAACUCUUCACGGUGGGACCCCAGAGCGGGGAGGUGAGGGUGAAGGGAGUGCUGGAUUAUGAGGAGGUCCCCGUGUAUGAGAUCUUCGUACAGGCGAAGGACCUGGGUCCGAACGCCGUGGCAGCUCACUGCAACGUUAUAGUGGAGAUCGAGGAUGAGAACGACAACGCGCCGCAGGUCGUGUUGACCUCCCUGUCCAGCCCCGUCCCGGAGGAUGCUCCACCGGGCACCGUCAUUGCCCUGAUCAGCGUGACUGACCGCGACACCGGAGCCAGUGGCCGGGUAAAUUGCCGAUUGCUCGGCGGCCUCCCGUUCAAACUCCUGCCGUCCUUCAAAAAGUAUUACACGCUGGUCACCGAUGGCCCGCUGGACCGAGAGGCAGUGCCCGAGUACAACAUCACGGUGGCGGCUAGCGACGGGGGAAGCCCUUCACUCUCCAGCAACACCACCAUCGCCGUUAGAGUGUCGGAUGUCAACGACAACGCACCGCGAUUCACCCGGCCGUCUUACACCGUCUACAUCACGGAGAACAACGCGCCGGGCGCCUCUAUCUGCUCGGUUACGGCCGUGGACCCCGACCAGAACCAGAAUUCCUACCUCUUUUACUCUCUCGUGGAGAGCAGAAUCCAGGGAAUGUCUAUCUCCACCUACGUCUCGGUGAACUCCGACAACGGUAACAUCUACGCUCUGCGCUCCUUCGACUACGAGCAACUUAAAAGUUUCCAGAUCCAGAUUCAAGCGCAGGACGCCGGGUUCACCCCGCUCAGCAGCAACACAACUGUCAACGUCUUCAUCCUGGAUCAGAACGACAACGGGCCGGUGAUCGUGUCGCCUCUGGCCCGGAACGGCUCGGUGGCCGAGGAGACGGUAGGGCGUUGGGCGGAGGCGGGCGCACUGGCGGUCAAGGUGACGGCGGUGGACGCGGACGAGGGCCAGAACGCCCGGGUCUCUUACCGGCUACUUCGGGCCAGUGAGCGUGGCCUGUUCAACUUGGAGAUGCACACAGGGGAGGUCAGGUUGGCUAGGCGCUUCGGGGUCAAGGACUCCAGCCAACAGAGGCUGGUAGUUCAAGCCAAGGACAACGGGGUGCCCCCGCUCUCCGCCACCGUCACCAUCGUAUUAACGGUCGUGGAUGGUCUAGUUAAUAGCAAGCCGGAACUGACCAGCGAACCGGAGCCUCACUCGGAUUUAACCCUCUACCUGAUCAUCUCCCUGGGCUCCGUUUCGUGCUUGUUCCUGGUCGCUAUCUUGGUCUUGGCUCUCAUCAGGUGUCAGAGAAAUCGAACCCGCGGGCACGCCAGCCCAGUGAUCAGCUGCUGCUCCAAACCUUGUCCGGGUCGAAGGAGGGACUCCGGCGAGGUCUAUCAGAAAUCCAAUGUCAAUGUCCAGCUGGCCGCAGGUGCAAAGGGAACCCCGAGCGGCUCGGAAGCCGCCGGCUGCCGACUCCCUUCCCAGGCUUACUGUUACAAGGUGUGCCUGACCCCCGAGUCGGCUAAAAGCGACUUUAUGUUCCUCAAGCCUUACACUCCGCAGAACAACCAGAUUGAGGGUCGCGACGCCCGAGUGACGGGGCGUCAAGGUCCGAUGGCCGGAGUCGCUUCCAAAGCAUCGGGGGAGGUUAAACAACAAAACACUGACUACCAUUGUCCGCCCUGCCAGAGACAUACAGAGAGCAGCUCUUGGGACCCCGAGGAGAAUCGAGUCCAAGCGGAUGGGCAGCCGCAGGCAAACAAACGGCAAGCGGCCGUCCCCACUUCAAGCGGUGAAUAUCGAGGGCAUGGCGUUGGGAAUAGGGAGGGUGAAACAUUGUCAGGAGGUGAUGCAUGGAUGCCCAGGUACGGGCCUCAGUACCCCUACGGCGAUCAGCCCACCGGAUACAAGCUUAACGUCUACAUUCCCGGCAACGCACCGCUCAAGUCGGGCAAAAUGAACCCGGAAGGCAAGACGGACCAGAACAAAACCUUCUCCACCUUUGGGAAAAAGACAAAAUUCACUUCAUUACAGGACACAGAACCAGACAGGACAUUGAGUUAACGUUAAACACAAGAGAUUCUGCAGAUGCUGGAAGUCCAGAGCAACACACACAAAAUGCUGGAGGAACUCAGCAGGCCAGGCAAUGUCUAUGGAGGGGAAUAAAGAGUCAACGUUUUAGGCUGAAACCCUUCAUAGUCAUAGAGUCAUCGAGGACUACAGCACAGAAACAUGCCCUUCGGCCCAUCUAGUCCACACUAGAGCAUUAUUCUGCUUAGUUCCAUCGACCUGCACCUGGACUACACCCCGCCAUACCCCUCUCAUCCCAUGUACUUAUCCAAACCUCUCCUUAAUGCUGCAAUCAAAACUGCACCCACCACUUGUGCUGGCAGCUCGUUCCACUCUCACCACCGUCUGAGUGAAGGAGUUCACUCUCAGGUUCCCCUUAAACAUUUACCCUUUCACCCUUAACCUGUGACCUCUAGUCUCAGCCAUUCUUAGUGGAAAAAGCCUGCUUGCAUUUACCCUGUCUAUACCCCUCAUAAUUUUGUAUACCUCUAUCAAAUCUCCACUCAUUCUCUAUGCUCUGGGGAAUAAAAUCCUAACCAAUUCGACCUUUCCAUUUUACUCAGGUCCUCAAGUCCUGGCAACGUCCUUGUAAAUUUUCUCUUUCAAUCUUAAUGACAUCUUUCCUGUCACUGGGUGACCAGAACUGUACAUGGUGCUCCAAAUUAGACCAUGGCAGCGUCUUAAAUGAUUUCAACAUCACACCCCAACCCCUGUGCUCAGUACUUUGAUUUAUGAAGGCCAAUGUGCCUAAAGGUUUCCUAUGACCCUAUCUACCUGUGAUGUCAUUUUCAAGGAAUCUGUAUUCCCACAUCCCUUUGUUCUACCGCACUCAUUAGUGCCCUAAAGUUCACUGCUUAAGUCCUACCCUGGGUUGAUCUCCGGAAGUGCAACACCUCACAUUUGACCUCCUGUCUUGGUGUCUUCAGCUAAUUUGUCUGCAUUAGAUUUCAUCUGCUAUUUUAAGACCAUAAGAUAUAGCAGACUUAGGCCAUUUGGCCCAUCGAGUCUGUUCCACCAUUUCAUCAUGGCUGAUUCAUUUCUGUCGCAGCUUCAACCUCCUGCUUUCUCCGCAUAACCCUUCAUACUUUUACUAAUCUAUCAACCUCUGCCUUAAAUAUACCCAAUGACGUGGCUUCUACAAACAAUUCCACAGAUUCGCCACACUCUGGCCAAAGAAAUUUCUCCUCGUCUAUGUUCUAAAAGUAUGCCCCUCUAUUCUGAGGCUGUGUUGUCUGGUCUUAGUCUCCCCCACCACAGGAAACAUCCUCUCCACAUCCACUCUCCCCCACCACAGGAAACAUCCUCUCCAUGUCCACUCUCCCCCACCACAGGAAACAUCCUCUCCACGUCCACUCUCACCCACCACAGGAAUCAUCCUCCCCACGUCC